AGGACGGGAUUUAGGCUGGAAGAGCCUUAGAGGAGCCGUUUCCAGGAUGGCUGGUCUGGUGUUGUGUGAACCAACAGAGCUUUACAACAUCCUGAAUCAGGUCACAAAACUAUCCCGACUGACUGAACCCAACUAUCUCUGCUUAUUGGACGUGCGUUCCAAACGGGAGUAUGACGAAAGCCACGUGAUCACAGCCCGUCGAGUGAAGAAGAGGGCGAAUGAGUAUCUCAUCCCGGAGUCUGUGGAUCUGGAGUGCGUGAGACACUGUGUGGUGUAUGACAACAACACCAGCACGCUGGAGAUCAUCUUUAGAAGGGAGAACAAGGAGGAAGAGGAGGAGGAGCUGCUCUCUGACAAGAGUAGACGAAAACUGGUGCCCGGAGCAGCCGUGGAGUGUGGCAGAGCGCUGGCCGCCCUCACCCGCCACCCCGUGUGCAUCCUGAGAGGAGGCUACGAGCGCUUCUCGGCCAUGUACCACUUCUUCCGGACGCAGAAAAUCAUCUGGGUGCCGCAGGAACUGGAUGCCUUUCAGCCCUACCCUGCUGAAAUAAUUCCAGGCAAGAUCUACCUGGGCAAUUUCAGGCAAGCCUGCGACCCGAAAAUUCAGAAGGAUUUGAAAAUCAAAGCACAUGUCAAUGUCUCCAUGGAGACGGGACCAUUUUUCGUGGACCACGGUGACAAACUUCUGCACAUCAAGAUAGAAGAUUCCCCAGAAGCCAACAUUGCCCCCUUUUUACGGCACCUCUGCCAUUUCCUUGAAAUUCACCUCCAGCUUGGCUCGGUCAUCCUGGUCUUUUCCACCCUGGGCAUCAACCGCAGCUGUGUGGCCGUCUUGGCCUUCCUCAUGCACUGGAACGAGCAGACCUUGAAGAAGUCCUGGGCCCAUGUCAAGAAAUGCAAAAACAACGUGCAUCCCAGCCAGGGCUUGGUGGCUCAGCUGUCCGAGUGGGAGAAGGUCAUCCUCGGAGACUCUGUCACAGACAUCUUGGAUCCACUCUACUGAUCUUCUCUGUGGUCCAGCUCCGGGUCCUGAGGGCCUCCCGGGGGUAGUGGGCCAGGCCGUGUAGC